AUGACGGGAAAGGAAGGGGCCGUGUUGACGGAAAGUUUAAACAAAUCGAAAACAGCUUGCCCCGCAGAGAUCGGAGGGAAUAACGGCCUACAACAGUCCAAAAUAAUCGCAACACAUCCGCCCAGAUGUACGGGAUUCGGUAUCCAGGAGAUUCUGGGGCUAAAUAAAGAGCCGUCGUCCAACCCGCGGUGCGCGCUGGAAUCUCUGCCCACAGGGGCGCACCUGCUGGCCGCCAGGUCUAUGCUAGGGCAUGGCGGGGUCGGGGUUGGGAUGGGAUUAAUUGGCCCAGGAGGCAUCCCCUCGUUUUACAGCCAACCGGCGUUUUUGGAGGUCCUGUCAGACGCACAGAGCGUCCACCUGCAGCCUCUGAACCGGACUGUAGGGCAGCUGGACUGCAGCCAGUCCGCCAGCUCAGAUUCGGAGGAUGUCUCCUCCAGUGAAAAGAGGCUAUCCAAGUCUUCCAUGAGCCAGAGUAAGAAAAGGAAGAAGCGACGACACCGAACGAUCUUUACGUCUUACCAGCUGGAAGAGUUGGAGAAAGCGUUUAAUGAAGCGCACUACCCAGACGUUUAUGCGCGUGAGAUGCUCGCCAUGAAGACGGAGCUUCCGGAGGACAGAAUCCAGGUUUGGUUCCAGAACCGGCGGGCCAAGUGGAGGAAGCGGGAGAAGUGUUGGGGUCGCAGCAGCGUCAUGGCGGAGUACGGCCUCUACGGUGCCAUGGUGCGCCACUCCAUCCCCCUGCCCGAGUCCAUCCUCAAGUCGGCCAAGGACGGCAUCAUGGACUCCUGUGCCCCCUGGCUGCUGGGUAUCCGCUUUUCUAAAUCCGCCUACCCACAAUUCUUUGCAGGGAUGCACAAGAAGUCGAUCGAGUCGCAGACGGGCGGGAAGCCGGACGCGGUGGCGCAGCCCUCGGCCAAUCAGAAGCUGGGGGUGGAGUCGGUGGAGGCGGGCGAGGCGGCGGCGGACGAGCGGACGGGGAGGAGCGCGUCUCCCAUCUCCAAGGAGGAGCUGCGGGAGAACAGCAUCGCCGCGCUCCGGGCCAAAGCGCAGGAGCACAGCGCCAAGGUGCUGGGGACCGUCCCCUGCGGCGACAGACUCGAACGCAAACAGGAGCCCAAGGCCGCGACCAUCUCCGCCACCGCCGCCACGGACGAGAAGGACGGCGAGCGGAUAGAUCCCCGCGAAGACCCCAAGAGCCCGUAGACGCGUCGACACACUCGCCCUGAGCCGUUUGGCUCUCCGGGACUCUGUUCUCUGUUGCACCCUGA